AUGUGGCCAAAGUCUGCUGCGAUUUUCAAAUCAAGGAAAUUCAGUACAAUAUUAUCGCUAUUAUUAGCAUUAUUUUUGACGGGUGCUGGUUUUGCUGCUACUCGUUCGACGCCAGUGGUAUUUUAUUUUCAGGUAAAUCGAGUCAAUGUUAAAAUAAGAAAUUUACCUUCAUCAUUUGAUGGUUUUAGUAUAGCCUUGUUAACAGAUAUUCAUGUGGGACCAACUGUGGAUCAGAAGAGAGUUUUAAAAAUUGUUACGAAAACAAGUGCUUUAUAUCCGGAUGUAGUAGCUAUUUCGGGCGACUUAGUCGAUGGUUUUCCUUCUAAUUUGGCUGAACGAACAAAGCCGCUAGCAAAUCUGAAAUCAAAAUAUGGUGUAUAUUUUGUAACCGGUAAUCAUGAAUAUUACCAUGGUGAUGUAGACCAGUGGUUGCAUUAUUUUACUACGAAAUUGAAUAUUACCGUUCUGCGUAACACACAUCGUAACCUGUGCUCUAUAAGUGGUGACUGCAUUUGCAUUGCUGGUGUAGAUGACUAUUAUACAGAAAGGCUUCGCAUACAUAAUCAUCGCAUGGACGCUGAACGUGCAUUGGAUGGUUGUAGUAAUGCACAACCUGUAAUUUUGCUCGUUCAUCAACCAAAUGGUGCUUCGAAAAUCGUGCGUAAUACUAAAAAACGAAUAGAUUUAAUUUUAUCAGGCCACACACAUGGUGGACAAUUAUAUAUUUUAUGGUUAUUCGCUUACUUGAUGAAUGCUUUUAUGUAUGGACACUAUAGAAUUAAAGAUAGUGGUACACAAAUUUACGUGUCUUCUGGAGUGAAUUAUUGGGGUCCACCUGUAGGCACUGUGAGUUAUCAUCACAAAGACUGUGGCUGCUUUCGUAUUGAAUCAAAUAUGUCAGGCUGGUGCAGCAUGCGAUCAGUUUAUUUUGCAUUUGCUAUUUCGAUAACAUGCAUAAUUUUCUUGAACUUAUUUGGUUUUCAAAUAUUUGGGGUAUACAGCGUUGAUGAUUAUCGGAGGGGAAAUCGUGCACGUCAGCUGAGUACAAUCAGAUAUGAGUUUUAUUUACUGCCUUUUAGUGUCUUCACAUAUUUUCGAGUUACUCAAUUUGCAAAAUUUACAUUAACAAGUGGCAGUAAUCGAUCAAAUAAAGAUCAAGCGUCAGAGUAUCAUUUUUUUAAAAGUAUUUUUUCUUUCCAGGUAGUAAGUUGUUUUCAUCGAUUCAUCAACAAGUGUUUCAGCAUAUUUCCUUCUUUGGGAAAACUUUGUUUAGAUAAACAUGUGCAGGUUGCUUGUGCUUUAACGAUUGCUUUUUUUUUAUCCUUCAUUUCAUAUCUUUUAUGUGACACCGUUGUUGUCAAGCAUCUACCAAUUAAAGUAAAUGGUUUACCAGCUAAUGCGAAUGGUAUUCAAUUUGCACUUAUUUCUGAUAUUCAUGCUGGCGCUGCCGUGUGCAGAGAACAAGUUGAAAAAAUUGUCGAUCGAGUGAAUAGUCAGGAGGUGGCUGGUGUAUUUAUAGUUGGAGAUGUUGUAGAUGCCCCUAGAGAAUCAAUAGUAGAUCGCGUAAAGCCACUUCGGUUUUUGGAGUCGAAAACAUUUUAUGUUAGUGGAAAUCAUGAGUACUACUAUGGUAAUGCUUCUGAGUGGUUCGAAUUAUUUGAACAGUACGGAUUUGAAGUACUGAACAACAGACAUGUGAAUUUUCAUGGCAUUUGUGUAGCAGGUGUUAGUGACUUUUCAAGUGGAUGGAGUGGGUUACCAAAUCAUAAGUUUGAUCCAGUAAAAGCUCUAAGAAAUUGCCCUCAAACAAGCCCAACUAUUGUUCUCUCACAUAAUCCAGCUUCGGCUAAGGAAAUUGCUUUUAACAAAGCUCAUCUACGUGUGGAUCUCAUUUUGUCAGGACAUACUCAUGCUGGGCAAUUCUAUACAGUUGCACCAAUUGUUUAUCUGAUGUUGCCAUAUUAUUACGGUUUAUAUCGUAUCUCAUCAGAAACUCAGUUAUUUGUAACAGCUGGUACACUAUAUCAGGGAGCACCUAUGAAAAUGGUUUUUAUGUCUGAAAUCUGGAUAAUAAAACUUUAUUCUGUUUCAUAA